AUGGAUAUUAAUUUUAUUUCACAUGUAGGUACAGCUUUUGUACAGUUCAAAACUAAAGCAGAUGCAGAAAAAUUCCGAGCAGCAGCAGCAGAUGAGGAGGAGGGCAUCGUUGUUGAUGGUCGGAGACUAAAUGUCAUAGUGGCUGUGGAGAGGGAAAAGGCUCAAGAUUUAUCGGGUCAAAAGUCAAAGGUCAAAGAGGACAAGAGAAAUCUACAUCUUGUAGAGAAGGGAGUAAUGAUUCGUCCAGGGACACAGGCAGCUGUAGGACUUUCCAAGGAGGAUCUUUUGAAAAGGACAAAGUUGGAGAAUGUCAAGCGUGCCAAGUUGAAGAAUCCCAACAUCUUUGUGUCGACCACUAGACUGAGUGUUCACAACAUCCCAACACAGGGUGGAGAACAGCUGAAGUCAGUCUUCCUGAGGGCAGCAGAAAGCAAGGCGGCAGUUAUUACUGAGUGUCGAAUUAUGCGAGAUUUAGAAAGAAUGAACAGCAAGAAGGUAGGAAAGUCCCGAGGCUAUGCCUUUGUGAACUUCACAUGUCAUCAACAUGCUCUGAAUGCCCUCAGAAACACCAAUAACGAUGCUGAUUUGUUUGGCGAGAACAAGAGGUUAAUUGUUGAAUUUUCACUGGAAAAUAAAGCAGCUCUACAGGCCAAAGAGAAACGACUGGAGAGACAAAAGGGGCGCCUGGAAGCCCUUAACAAGGCAAAAUCAAAGGAUUCUAUGAAUGAGACCAUGGAGAAUAAGAAAUCAAAAAAGCAGCAGAAAUCCCAAGGCCCGAAAAUGGUGGACAAGUUUAUAGGGAGCCUUCCAGCUGCAGAGGAUGGUAAAAAGUUACCUAAAGGUCUACCCUCCCACUGGGGGGCUAAAGUCAGGCACAAACCUAGGCCAGCCGUGACGACAACCAAUAAAAAGUCUAAAAAGAAUGUACUCAAAAGGAAAUCGGAAGAAACAAGUGUAUUUAGUGAAAAGGUCAAAACUGUGAAACCCAAGAAAAGGAAAAUCGAUGGUGUUGAUGACUUUGAUAUGUUGGUGAAUAAGUACAAGAAAAACUUGUUAGGCAAAUCACAGAAAUCAAAAUGGUUUGAUCGGUGAUGAUGAAUUAAUGUAAAAAAAGAAAACAAGAAGAUGAAGAAAAAUGGUUACCACAAAAUUUGAUGUUGAUUUGUAUAAAAGUAAAAUAAAUACACUUAAAAAAAGUCUAUUUAUAACAUUUUCAACAAUGGAAAAUAUUAUUCCAUUAUUAUGGCUUACACUAGACU